AUGCCUCACCAUGCCGUAAUUAAAGAAACCAGCAGCACUACUAAAUUGCGAGUAGUGUUUGCGUCGGCGAAAUCAAAGAACGGCCUGUCAUUAAAUGACAUAUUAAUGGUCGGACCAACAAUUCAAGAUAAAUUAUUUUCGCACUUAAUUCGAUUCCGUACAUACAAAUACGUCAUUACCGCCGACAUCGAAAAGAUGUAUUUGCAAGUAUUAUUACACGAAAAUGAUCGGCGUUAUCAACGGAUUCUUUGGCGUAAAAACGAUAAUGUGGAAACGUAUCAAAUUAAUAAACUUGCAUUUGGUGUAUCGUCUUCGCCAUUUCUUGCUAUUCGUGUCCUUCAACAACUCGUUGACGAUGAAGCGCACGCAUUUCCUACCGCCGCGCGAGUGAUCAAAUCUCAUUUAUACGUGGAUGAUUUGUUAUCCGGAGCCGACAGCAUCGAGGAAGCGCGAAUAAUUAGAGACGAAAUAAUCGCGUUGCUUGCUCGAGGCGGGUUUUCUAUUCGGCAAUGGGCUUCGAAUGAUAAGCGUAUUAUCGAUGAUCUGGCGACCAGUGCAUUACACGCAAGGUUUACGUUCGAUGAAGGUCGAUUUUUUAAAACAUUGGGAAUAGCGUGGAGUACAGAUGGAGAUAAAUUACAUUAUUCAAUAAAUUCAAUUAAAGUUACAGAAAAAAUAACUAAACGAAACAUACUUUUGGAAAUCGCGAAAAUAUACGAUCCAUUAGGUUUAUUAGGCCCCGUGAUAUUAUAUGCAAAGAAACUUAUGCAAGAUGUAUGGCGAUGUAAAUUACAUUGGGACGAGUCCGUCCCACAGAACAUCUAUACCACGUGA